UCCAACAAAAGCAGGUAGUUGAUCAAAAGGCCAUCGUUUCUCUCUUUUCUUUUAACCUCGCCUCUCUGAAAUCAGUGUGCGGACGCUGAGCCUGCAAAAGAGAAUAGAAAUGGGGAUAUAUCUCAGUGCCCCCAAAACUGAAAAAGCAUCAGAAGACGGGGAGAAUGACAGACUUAGAUACGGGUUGUCAUCAAUGCAAGGGUGGCGUGCAACCAUGGAAGAUGCUCAUGCAGCUUAUCCAGAUUUGGACAGUUCCACCUCCUUCUUUGGUGUUUAUGAUGGCCAUGGGGGUAAAGUAGUUGCUAAGUUCUGUGCCAAGUAUCUUCAUCGACAGAUGCUCAAGCAUGAAGUGCAUGUUGCUGGAGAUUUAGGCUCUUCUGUACAGAAAGCUUUUCUAAGAAUGGAUGAGAUGAUGUGUGGACAAAGAGGAUGGAGAGAAUUAGCGAGAUUGGGGGAUAAAAUGGACAAGUUCUCUGGUAUGAUAGAAGGGUUGAUAUGGUCUCCUAAGGGUGGUGAAGUCAAUGACCAUAUUGAUGAUUGGCCUUCUGAGGAGGGGCCCCACUCUGAUUUUCAUGGACCAAAUUCUGGAUGCACGGCUUGUGUGGCAAUCAUCCGAAACAAUCAACUUCUUGUUGCAAAUGCUGGUGAUUCUCGUUGCGUAAUAUCCAAGAAGGGUCAGGCAUAUAAUUUGUCUACAGAUCACAAACCUAACCUUGAGAUUGAGAAAGAAAGGAUUCUGAAAGCUGGUGGUUUUAUCCAAUAUGGUCGAGUCAAUGGAAGUCUGAACUUGGCAAGAGCUAUCGGAGAUGUGGAAUUCAAGCAGAACAAACUUUUGCCAGCUGAACAGCAGAUUAUCACUGCCUAUCCAGACAUAACAACUGUUGAGCUUUGCGAUGAUGAUGAGUUUUUUGUUCUAGCUUGUGAUGGGAUUUGGGAUUGUUUGUCAAGCCAACAACUGGUGGAUUUCAUACGAGAAGAGUUGAAGACUGAAAGUAAACUUUCAGUCAUCUGCGAGAGAGUGUUUGACAAGUGUUUGGCACCAUCUGCUGGUGGCGAGGGAUGUGACAACAUGACCAUGAUUUUGGUUCAGUUCAAAAAACCUGUUGAUUUAGAUGCUUCUCCUGGGGAGCAGCCUUUGUCUCCUGAUCAAACCAUCUGAGUCUCGGGAGUACUGGUAAGAGUUCAGUGGAGACAUAAUCGAAUUAGCUCCAGCUCUUUACACUUUCCCAACAUGGCUACACCUUUUUCUUCCAAGUUGAAGCUCUGGAGAGCACAAGAAUUCUGGAUUCCAAUUCAUUUAGAAAGCGAAUUCUCAUGGCAUGGCCCUAAAUGUUUACUAUGUUUCAGGUAGUGGUUCAGCUUUCUGAGUUCUGUAUAUGUUGCUGAUGCCGCUAGAUUUUAAGAGACUCCCUUCUAACUUUGUCCAGGAUCAAGCACAGCUAUUAUAGGAGUAAGAACAGCAUAAAAUUUACAGUUUUUCAGUCUUUUCCACUGUACUUGGGAUAAGGCAAUGAAUAUAAUAGUAUUUUGGAACC